AUGACGCUGGGCUUGGAGCAGGCGGAGGAGCAGCGUCUGUACCAGCAGACGCUCCUGCAGGACGGGCUCAAGGACAUGCUGGACCACGGCAAGUUCCUCGACUGUGUGGUGCGGGUGGGGGAGCGCGAGUUCCCGUGCCACCGCCUGGUGCUGGCCGCCUGCAGCCCCUACUUCCGGGCGCGCUUCCUGGCCGAGCCUGAGCGCGCGGGCGAGCUGCGCCUGGAGGAGGUGUCCCCGGCCGUGGUGGCGCAGGUGCUGCACUACCUGUACACGUCGGAGAUCGCGCUGGACGAGGCGAGCGUGCAGGACUUGUUCGCCGCGGCGCACCGCUUCCAGAUCCCGUCCAUCUUCACCAUCUGCGUGUCCUUCCUACAGAAGCGCCUGUGUCUCGCCAACUGCCUGGCCGUCUUCCGCCUUGGCCUCCUGCUCGACUGCGCGCGCCUGGCCGUGGCCGCCCGCGACUUCAUCUGCGCGCGCUUCUCGCUCGUGGCGCGCGACGCCGACUUCCUCGGGCUCUCGGCCGACGAGCUCAUCGCCAUCAUCUCCAGCGACGGCCUCAACGUGGAGAAGGAGGAGGCCGUGUUCGAGGCGGUGAUGCGGUGGGCGGGCAGCGGCGACGCCAAGACGCAGGAGGAGCGCCAGCGCGCGCUGCCCACCGUCUUCGAGAGCGUGCGCUGCCGCCUGCUGCCGCGGGCCUUCCUGGAGAGCCGCGUGGAGAAGCACCCCCUCGUGCGCGCCCAGCCCGAGCUGCUGCGCAAGGUGCAGAUGGUGAAGGACGCGCACGAGGGCCGCCUCACCGUGCUGCGCAAGAAGAAGAAGGACACGGGGAAGGAGGCAGCCGGGGCCAAGGCUGCUGGCAAGGGCACGGGCGAAGCCAAGGCAGAGGACGACGAGGAGGAGGCUGAACGCAUCAUCCCCGGGAUCCUCAAUGACACUCUGCGCUUUGGCAUGUUCCUGCAGGACCUCAUCUUCAUGCUCAGUGAGGAGGGGGCCGUGGCCUAUGACCCAGCGGCCAACGAGUGCUACUGUGCUUCGCUCUCCACCCAGAUCCCUAAGAACCACGUCAGCCUUGUGACCAAGGAGAACCAGGUCUUUGUGGCUGGGGGCCUCUUCUACAACGAGGACAACAAGGAGGACCCCAUGAGUGCUUACUUCUUGCAGUUUGACCACCUGGACUCCGAGUGGCUGGGGAUGCCGCCGCUGCCCUCGCCGCGCUGCCUCUUCGGCCUGGGAAAGGCUCUCAACUCCAUCUACGUGGUCGGCGGCCGAGAGCUCAAGGACGGCGAGCGCAGCCUAGACUCGGUCAUGUGCUACGACCGGCAGUCGUUCAAAUGGGGCGAAUCGGAUCCGCUGCCGUAUGCCGUGUACGGCCACGCGGUGCUCUCCCACAUGGACCUGGUCUACGUCCUUGGCGGCAAAGGCAGCGACAGGAAGUGCCUGAAGAAGAUGUGUGUCUACGACCCUAAGAAGUUCGAGUGGACCGAGCUGGCCCCCAUGCAGACUGCGCGCUCCCUCUUCGGGGCCACCAUCCACGAUGGCCGCAUUUUUGUAGCCGCCGGCGUCACAGACACGGGGCUGACCAGUUCAGCUGAAGUGUACAGCAUCGCGGACAACAAGUGGGCACCCUUUGAGGCCUUCCCACAGGAACGCAGCUCGCUCAGCCUGGUCAGCCUGGCAGGCACCCUGUACGCCAUCGGUGGCUUUGCCACGCUGGAGACCGAGUCUGGAGAGUUGGUCCCCACAGAGCUCAACGACAUCUGGAGAUAUAAUGAGGACGAGAAGAAGUGGGAGGGCAUCCUGAGGGAGAUAGCCUAUGCAGCCGGCGCCACCUGCCUACCCGUUCGGCUCAACGUGCUGCGCCUGACCAAGAUGUGACCAGCCCCGAGGGCCUGAACUAAGCACCCCUCCCACCCUGCGGCC